AUGUAUGCGAGGUACAUACCUCCGCCGAAGCCUGCCCAAGGUAGCAAAGUCGAGGCCUCUCAUGCACCGCCAGCCUCGUCAUCCCGACCAGCAGCACCUGCAGCAGCAGCGGCAGCACCAGCACCCGCCGAUGGCUUCAGCUAUGCCCGCUACGUACCAGGUGUGAAAGCUGCGACGAAGGCCGAGCCGGUGCCAAAAGUUCAUUACUUUGAUGACGAGCCGAGUCUGCCUCAGGCCAAGCGUAAGAGGGAGACGGCGCCGGAGGCGAGCGAUCAUGGUCGACAUGGAAGCAAAAUGGCCAAGCUGGGCGUGACCCAAGAAGCACUUGAGGAUGCAGGUCCAAAAAAGAAGAAGAACAGGAGGAAGCGCAAGCAGAGGACGAGGGCCGAUGAGAGUGAUUCGACCGAGUCCGACGAAGAGCCGUCCGUUCCCGAGCCUGCGCCUGUCCGAAGCCUACAAUCCAAACCGGCAGAAUUCCCGGAGCCUUCUGAGACGCGGGGGGAGGAGACAAUGCGAGAAAAGGAGCGGCCAAAAGAGAAGUCCAAGCGGAAGCAGUCUCCAUCAGAGGAGCCGCAUGAUAACGAUGUGUCUAUGGCUGAUGCGAAGCCGACGGUGGAUGAGACGGUGCUUUCCCCACAACCCGAAACAGUGCCAGUCAAGGACAAGAAACGGAUAAAAGAGAAGAAGAAAGCACGGAAAGUGGGAGAUAUACCGGAGGGCGAACAAGAGGAAGAUUUGCGCCACAAAUCCGUUCUGGAGCGAAAGACAAAGUCGCUCAAGAUAGCCACGGCAAUUACGUCGGAGGGCACUGGCGAUGAGGUCGAGGAGGAAGCAGAACUACACGGACUUGAACCUCUCCCGCAGCCGGAAGUGGUGGUGGAUGAAGAAGGACCGAAGCCGACAUAUGAUACACUGCCGUCCUGGCUGGCAAACCCCAUUCGCGUCAGCCAGGACAGCCGGGCACCAUUUACAGAUAUUGGAAUCCCGCCCAAGACGUCUCGUGUCCUGGAGCAAAAGGGAUUCCCUGAAGCGUUUGUCGUCCAGACGGCGGUAAUACCGCUGCUGCUGCCGACAAGCAAGCGGCGACCGGGCGAUGUCCUUGUGUCGGCUGCCACCGGCUCCGGCAAGACAUUGUCGUACGCGCUACCCAUCGUCCGGGACAUCAGCCAAGGCGUAGUCACGAGGCUGCGGGCACUGGUUGUUUUGCCGACUCGAGAACUUGUCAGGCAGGCGCAGGAGGUGUUUGAGAUGUGCUCCAAAGCCUACGAGGGCGACGGCCGCAAGAAAGUCCGGGUUGGCGUGGCCAUCGGCAGCCAGAUGAUCAAAAUGGAACAGGAGACGUUACUGCAGAGCGAGUCCCGGUACGACCCAGUUGCGUACAAGGAGAUACAGGAGGACGGAAGACGGCAACAAGUACGGAAUGCCGCCUCGGCCGACGUGGACGACAUGGGGACAGACAGCAUAAACGGCCAGUUAGGUCCUUGGGAAGGCCAGGUGCUGGAGUAUUGCUCGACAGUGGAUGUCUUGAUCUGCACCCCAGGCCGACUGGUCGAGCAUAUUGAGCAGACGACCGGCUUCAGCCUCGACUACGUGCGCUGGCUCGUUGUCGACGAGGCCGACAAGCUUCUGGCCCAGAGCUUCCAGGGUUGGCUGCCCGUCGUCCUCGACAAGUUCCAGCUCAACCGAUUCAGCGCUCGAGACUUUCCCGACAUGGCCUAUUCCGGCGUGCGCAAGGUCAUUCUCAGCGCGACGCUGACGCGGGAUCUGAGCCUGCUGAGCCAACUUGCCUUGCGGCGACCGCAGCUGAUUGUGCUCGAAAACGAGGGCGCGGCCCAGGUGGCCGAGCACACGCUUCCGACGUCGCUCAGGGAGUUUGCUGUUCGCGUGCACGAGACCAAUCUUAAACCUCUAUACUUGCUCGAGCUGUUGCGAGGCGGGCAUAUGACGGUGGCCGACCCUGCGAGUGCCGGCAGGGUCGUCUCUCUCCUGACGAAGGAGGCGGCGCCAGCGCUCGUGCCGGAUGCCAACAGCAGCUCGGACGACAGCUCGGACACGUCGUCGGACUCUGCCUCGGACGGCGGCUCGGAUCCAUCAUCCGACUCUACCUCGGAUACCAGCUCUGACGAAGAUGACAGCUCGGACGCGGACAGCGCUCCGGCUCCGCAGGCCGAGGAAGCGGCGGCGACGCCGGCUUCGGCAGCGCCUCCACCGCCACACUCGCUCAUCUUCACGAACUCGAACGAGUCUGCCCUUCGGCUGUCGCGACUGCUCACCCUCCUCGACGGCUCGUUGGCAACGCACAUCAGCACCAUCACGUCAACAACGGCGACGCACCUUCGCCGAAAGACGCUGCGCGCCUUCACCUCACCCUCGUCUCCCGUGCGGCUCAUCAUCGCGUCGGACCUCGUCGCCCGGGGCAUCGACAUUCCCAAGCUCGGCCACGUCAUCAACUACGACCUGCCGCCGAGUGUGGCUGGCUAUGUGCAUCGUGUCGGCCGCACAGCGCGCGCAGGCAGGUCAGGCUGCGCCUGGACACUCGUGGGCGACCAGGAAAGCGGCUGGUUCUGGGGCAAGAUCGCCAAGGGACAGGGCAUGCGGCGGAUGCAAAAGGUGGAGAGGACUAGGAUCGAGGAGAUGGGCGAGGAGCAGGUCAAGGAGUACGAGGAUGCGCUGACUCGGCUCGGCAAAGAGGCGCUCGAGCUGCGUCGAAGGUGA